AUGGCGGCUGUGAACGCGGCGCUGGCAGCCGCCCCGCUUGGCCGCUCGCCUGGGCUCCGCUCCCGCAAACGCCCGGCUGGUGGGCGGUCCUGGCGGCCCGCGUGUGCCUCGUCCUGGGUCCCUCUGAACGGGCCGUGUGGGCCCCCGGGCAGCAGGGGUCCAGGGCGAUGCCGAAAGUGGGGGGAGCGGUGGCUGCGCGAUGCCGGUGCCAGCAGGUGCCGCUGCGCUCUCGGUGCCGCUGCGGGCGGCGAGCGGGGCGGGGAGCGGGGCGGGCGAUGCCUCCCCCCGCCUCCUCCCUCCAUCCCUGCCUCCCUCCCUCCGUCCUCGGCCGCUCGCGCCGCCGGGACCAUGGGCUGCUGCUGCCGCCUUCUCCUCGCCCUCCUCCUCCUCCUGCCCGCAGGACUCGGUGAUGACCCCAUAGCAUCCCUCACCCCCUUUCCAGUGGUGGGGACAUCAGCAGGGCCAGGCUCAGGGGGCACAUCUGUCCCCACAGCAGCUCCCCACCAGUCUACACCUCUGACAGCUGCGGGACCCACCAGUAAUGGAGUGUCCCCCGAGGCGGGUGGCCGCAAUGGGAGCACCACGGCCAUGCUGUCCCCUGCCUCCACCCCCACAAACACUGUCACUGCAGCAGACAGCCCAUCAGUGGCCCCCAGUUCAGUGCCACCAACCUUGGAGACAGUCCUGAGUCCUUGGACAGCACAUUCCAGCAUGGCGAGAGGCACGACAGAUUCGGGGACAAAUCCAAGCCCUGUGGACACGCCUGCAUCCUUCCCUUCUUCCUCCCCUCACAGCAGCACCCUGCACUCAUCCCCUGGGACAGCACUGCUCUCACCACCCAUCCCCACCCAGCCACCGGCACUGAUGAAGGACGUCCCUUCCCCAGGGAUGCUGGCUAUGGCAUCAAGCCUGGCCAUGGAGCCAACAUCCCCCUCAGUGACUGUGGCCAGCCCCACCAAGGGCAUGGCUGAAGAAGGCAGAAGUACUCCCUCCACUGGUGUCACCAUAGAAGAGGUUCCACAUGCCUUGAGUGCAGGCAGCAUCGUGGCCAUAACCGUGACAGUCAUCGUGGUGGUCGUGCUGGUCUUUGGGGCGGCGGCGUACCUCAAGAUCAGGCACUCCUCCUACGGAAGGCUGCUGGACGACCACGACUAUGGCUCCUGGGGGAACUACAACAACCCCCUCUACGACGACUCCUAGCAGAAGAUCCUUAUUUAUCAGCGCUUCCCCAGCACGCACCUGCUGCUUGUCCUCGCCACGCAUGCUGGGCUGCAGCCUGGAGGCCAAGCUGCCACCAUGAGCAGCACACCGCAACAGGCCCAGCAGGAGGCGGCUGGCCGCAGGGCAGGUGCACAGCGCCCACAAUAAACCUGAGUGUUGGCGCUUUGUGUGGGAAGCUCUCUGAUAACAUGGGGUGGGUGCUGCUUCGGAAGUGGAGGGGGACCUGGGGCAGGUCUGCCCCUUUGCUGCUAGCCCAAUAAACCCAAAUUCCCUUUGGGAGGGCUUUGGGAGGCAAAGGCAGAAGACGGCAGCCCUGCGUUAUCUCCGGAAAGAACACGGAGCGUCCCAUUGCUUUACGUGUCCCUCCCUCCAAGAUCACCUCCCUGCACUGUCCCACUGCAAAAGCCUAUGCCUUCCCUCGCCUGUGGUAGCUCGCCAUGGGCAAUUACACAACUGCUUACUCUC